AUGGAGCGUACCGGAAGCAAUUCCGACAGCGAUGGCUGUGAUUUAGACAUGUGGAAGAGGCGAAGAAUAAUUAAAGAUGACGGUUUUGGUUACUAUGACUCUGGCAUCUUUUUAAUUCUGACCAUCAUACAGGUCAAUGGAAUAGACAGCCUUAACUCUGAUCUUGAUAAUAGGAUCUAUAAGGUUGAAUCUUGGGUUGAAUCUGGAAAUAGAUACACAACACCAGAACUGUAUGGUGUAGACCCUCUGUGGCUGCACCAGUUUAGGAUUCCAUUUAAAAAUCCUAGGGAUUGCAGGUCUCUGUACUUGGAAGUAAUUAGAACCCACCCCAAAUCUGACCCAGGAACCUCUACAGGGGAGGUCUUGGUGGGCAAAUUAAAGAUCCCUUUGCCAAGACUCUCAUCCCCGGUAGAAGGGGCUUUCAGACUUACCAAGCUUGAAGGUCCAGGCUACAAACGUGAAGGGAGCAUUACAUUGACCAUGGAACUAAUGGAGAUUGACGAGCUGUUUAGCUAG